GCCUUGCUUCACCUGUUAAAAGACGAACUGGGAUUGCCAGAUUCCAUUCAAACUAGUUUCCAACUGCCCACUUGCUCCCUUCCCUACUCAACCUAACUGAAACAUUCGCGUUGAUAAUCGAAAUUCCAAGUUAAGCGCACCACCCAUCCUAUCGAUGGCCUCCCCAGGUCGGAAUCCCCAGCGAUCCCUGCACUCGUGGCGUCUGCUGAACGAGAGCCUCAAAUUGUUCACCUCAAAACUAAGCAGGAACCAGCACAUGAUCCCGGGUCGUCGAGUACUCAGCUUGGAAGAGGGACGCAACCUGAACGAUUCACUGGGCCAGUGCAUGGCCGGCGUGUCUUUGAUAGCCAGUUUGGUGCGCACUCGUCAUUUGCGGCUGGACGUUGACCGGAUGCUGCUGAUCGUGGAGCAGGGACAACUGAACGGACAGCUUGAGAUCCGGGAGGAACGACUCCGGGUGACGCAGUGCGAGCUGAGAUGCAAGCGGCAGGAGCUCUUCCACCAAAUGAUCGCCUCGGCUAGGAUGGGCCAGAGACUGGCGAAGGCCAAGGAGCGCAACCAGGAGCUGGAGGACCUGAACCACAAGCUGGAAGAUCAGACGCUGGAGAAAUCGGAGCUCUUCGAGUCGCGGUGUGUGAUGCUGUGCGCCCGGGCCUUCGACCUCAGCCAGGAGCUGAUCCAGACCAGGAUGCGGAUCAACGACUUUGAGAACGCCUGCACGCAUCUGCGGAGGCGCAUUCUGGAGCUGAAGCUGCGACGCGUCCAACGCCGACGGCUGCUCAGCCAGCAGGUGCUGCGACUGCGGCUGGCCCAGGAGCAGCAGGUGCACCCCAUCCUGAUGCGGCUCUGGCACUGCCUCCGCUUCCUGUGGAACUGUGUGGACUGCCUGGCGCAGGUGUCCCUGUUCCGCACGAGCCGUCCGAACGGCAAGGUGGAGAGCACAAUGGACGCCAUCGUGGCGGGCUUCUAAUUUCCGAUUUGUCCCGAUUUGUCUUAAUUUGUUCUGAUUUGUCUUCUCGCGCGCUAGUGGCUAAAAUGUGACCAGCUUCCAGCAGAUUUGGUAUUUUGAACAGUGUUUGUUAACGUAUCUACGUUUAUAAUAAAAU